AAUUUGAGAACCACUGCGCUUUCUUAUCAAAUAUUGCUAGCGGAACGUACAUAACAUAAUGUACACAUUUUUAUUUUAAUUAAAAUUGUAUUAAUUUCAUUGUUCAAACUAAUUAUUCAAACUAAAAUCCGCCAUAAUAAUAAAAAAAAAAAUACGUUCGUAGUUCAGUAUAGUUUUUAAGUCUGCACAUUCACAGCAUGUACUGUCUACAAUGGCUAAUACCCGUCUUACUCAUACCGAAACCAUUGAAUCCAGCACUGUUGCAGACCCACGUCAUGUUCAUGGUACUGUACUUGACUGGUUUCUUUUUGGAGCGGAAACCGUGCACAAUAUGCAGCAUAGUGUUCUUAGUAGCUGUGUUCCUGAUAUGUUAUAGUGGGUAUGGCAACUGUAUAUUUUACAGCAGCAACUGUGACUCUGUACAGUGUGAUAACGGCUAAACAGAAUAUUCUCAUCGACAUGUCCAGAACUGCGCAAACACUUGAAAAUAUACACCACUAGUAUUUAGGACUGUUACAAUUUUUUAUUAUUUUUCUUUUUGUAUAACUAAAUGUGUAGUAAGUUGGCCAAAAUUAAGUACUUGUAAAAAAUGUACAACUUAAUUUUCUUGCCACAUUUUAUUUGGUACCUUUGUAGUUUGUAUCAAUUUGUGCAUUUUAACACUUAUUACUGUUUGGUUUAUUCAAAUAUAGACUUGUACAUAUAAUUUUGAAUAUUGUGUUUACAAUUGUUUGUUUAAAAGUAAACCUAACUAAAAUUAGGUAUAAUAACACAAUAAUACUUACUAAAAUACUAUUAAUGAAUAAACUUCAUAAAUUAACUCAUUGAUUGCAUAUACAUUUUGAGUUCAACUUACUUGCAUCAAUUAUUCAUUUUUAACUAAGUAAAUGAUUCUGAAAAACCUUUUGCAAAAACAAGAUGGCAUUAAACAAUAAUUAAAUUUGUAUUAACCUUAUCCUUAUAGAUCAUAUUUUUAUUUUAUUUAAUAGUAUAUAAUAUUUUAUGUUGAAUAUGUUUCAAUAAUUUUACAGAGCAACACACCUAUAUGUCUAAAUGAUAUCAAUUAACAAAAGUGUACUGUCUGUCGUAAUAACAAAUAAUAUUAUAUCU